AUGUUUUUAAAAGGCGAUGCCACAUCUCAACGAUUGAUAAAACUCGAANCCACAUCUAAACGAUUGAUAAAACUCGAAGAAAUAGUUCGUAGUUUAACAUUAGAAGUGGAUCAAUUAAAUAGAGUUUCUUGUUAUCCUGGAAAAAAAGACACAAAAAAAUCUAAAGGAAAAAAAGGUCAUAAAAUAUUUGAUUUAAAUACGCAAAGAGUGAUGAAACUUGAAGAUGAUUUUCAGUUUUUAAAAUCUGAAUUAAUCGAGCUGAAGAAAUCAUUUAAUAAUUUUGUACAAAAGAAUGAAACAAAAGUAAUUAUUCCACCACCGCCGCCGCUGCCACCACCACCUUUUUCAUUCAUACCUCGGCCACCACCAAUGCCUUCUUCAUUAAAUUUUAUGCAUAAAGGGGAUGGUGAUGAUGUAAGGUUACAAAAAGAUGCUCAGAUCAAAAGUAAAAAAAUAUUAAAGCCAGGAAAUAUGCAAAAUGACAAUUUAAUAAAAGAAUUAAAAAAAGGUGUAGUAUUAAAAAAGGUUAAACGUAUAGAAAUAACUAAGCCUCCAGAGGAUGACAGUGAACUUUCUAAAAUAUUUUCUUUAAGACGGAUUAAGGAUACCGGCCAGUUAUAAUUAAUCCCUCGCUUUGCUCAAAGAACUUCACAGUAACAGAUCGGGUCAAGAAUAUCGGACAUAGAUGGCCCGGUCCCUGUCUCUUGUGUAUUACAUUAAUUAGCUAUAACUAUAUUUUGAGAUGUUUUAGUAUUUAAGAUACAGAUAAUUAAAAAAUAACAAUUGUACUUAUAAUUCACUUGUGUAAUUUCUAUAUAUGUGUAAUUUAAGCUUGAUUUCAUAUUUAUAAAUGCCUAAAUAAAUGUAUAUUGAUGCCUAAGUAAGUAAAUUUUUAAACAAUAUAUGACUUUUGCCAUCCAUCUUGCAUAGUGAUAUGCUCUAGGUUGCUAGAACUGAAUUCCAUUUGGUGGUAUACAUCCUAA